AUGUCCUGGGCUGCUGGGAGAAACGUGCCGAACGGCGGCGGCACCGGCGGCGGUGUCGGCGGUGGUAAAGCGAGCGGCCGGCAGAGAAAAGGCAGUCGGGGGGGCUCGUUAGGGGACGCCAGUAGUUUCUACUCUAGCGAUCACGGUAUGAAAGAUUUCCGGGUCAUUCCGCGUUGGUCGUUCUUCUCGCAGCCUCUCUUAGACCCGGCGGAGAAGAUGAAGACGAGCAUCGGGGUACUUGUCGCACGGGCAGGAGUGGUCGGAGAGGCUGCGGUUGAAGGACCGGACGAGGAUCAUCAAGACCACGCUCAAUCCCGUCUGGGACGAGGAGUUUUCCUUGCCAGUCAGAAGAUCGGGCGCGGUCUUGAAGGUGGAAGUCUGGGACUGGGAUCGUUCUACUCCAGACGAUCCUCUGGGCCACUUCGAGGUCGCCAUCGGCGAAGAGCUGCUAUCCCAACAGGCGAAAUCAACUCUCCGCCUGAGUCACCCAUACAUGUAGGACUAGGCGUUGACGACGACUUCGCCGGGGGCAACGGCGGCGGGUACUCAGCUUCAGGGGGGAGACAAGGCAGUUCAACCAAGCUAGGCUUUGGGAGGAAAGGCGGGAGCAUGGGCCCUUCUGACCAUUCGCACCAGUCGGAGCAGGAAGCACGGGCGUGCGACGUUUGCAUCGAGCGACGCCGUAAGCGCUUCGGAGAGGUUCGCCUGAUCCUGUGGUACCAGUAUGACGAGUUUGCCGAGAUGUGCAGCCACACGUGGCCGGAGGAGCCGCUCAAGCCUCCCAAGAUUGUGUUUUCUCCCAACCAGCUGUACCGCAAGGGCAUGGUGUUCUGGGAGAUGUUCAGGCCGUACGUGACCUUCUUGAAGGAGGUGGAUGCUAUAAGCAGCUGGGGACGGCCUCGGAAAAGGCAGGGAGGCGUGUUCGGGGCCCGAAGAAUUCGGUUCGACGUGGGUCAGGAGGGAGGCGGAGGCGGAGGGGGGGGAGGGGAGGAAACCACGCAACUGUCCAUGUCCAUGUCCAUGUCCAUGCGGUCAACUUCUCGAAGUCAGCGGAAGAGCUCGACGACCUUCUUCUCGCUCUCACGCUCACUCAUCCGAGGGAAUCGCGGCGCACCGAUUAGACGGAGGGUAAGCGACCCCGAUCCUGUCACCGCAAAUGCUGUGGGCUCCGCUUCGGCUGGCGUAGCAUUACGGAACAGCUCAUCGGCACCGUCGCGGACCGCGCCUUGGAGGGCCAAGGCGCCAAGGUCUGCCCCCCCCUCGACCAUAACGACGCCUACGACCAUGGCCCGGACGUCGAUCUUCGCAGCCAGCAGCGGAGCCUCCCAGCCCCCCUCCACUCCGCGUGCUCUGUCCAUCUCGAACGCCGCCGCGAUCGACAGCAAUAACUCUUACACCGGACCGGGAGUUGGGUCUGGGGUUUCCAGAGACGUUGUUCACGCCGCGGGGGUUGCUAAGGGGGGCGUGAUCUCCGCGGCCGGGGCGGGGAGCAAGAAGAUCAAGAAGCUGCUGCCCGUUCGCGGUACCCGCGACCCGGAGCUACGCGAGCUGUACGAGAGGCUUGGCGGAACGAAGAGGGUGCCGGCGGUGGUGAACCAGCUCGGGAAAGUUUUUUUCACCAAGAGCGGACCGAGCAUACAGCUAGGGCUGGACAAGAUGGGCAUGAUGCUCAUCAUGAUCCGGCAGAGGUUUCACCCGCUGCGCGCAAGGGAUCUGGGUCUCACGAUGACGGCGCUAUUCGCUCACAUGGUCCUCCAGCUCUGGCUAUACGUUUCCGGAAGGUAG